GCUAAAUUCCUGUAGAUGAGCAAGUGUUUACAAAUAAUAACAGUAAGAGAGCAUAGAUCUCUGCCUCAUCGAGCAUCAGUAUCGACUACUCGAGGUGUAUAACCUCAAAUAUUUUUUCGGUGAAUUCCGUGGAAAUUUACAGGGGAAAUACAUAAAAAAUCAAUCCAGCGAUGGAUAGCAGAGAAUACGCAGUUAGUGUGAAAAAAGAGCCGAAUGAUACUUGGAUAGAUGCAGAUGACGAUUGUAAUUUCUAUUCGGUGGGCUCGCGUAAAGCCGAAAACGUUGAAACACGCAUGGAUUUCAAAUCUUCGGCUGACCCAGUGAAUGAGGCUAUGGGAUCACACAAAAAAUUACACGAAAAAAUAUUCGUAGAUUUUGAGUGCAAAGAUGUGAAACCUGAACUGAAGUCUUUAUCAACAACCAUUUGCAAAACUGAGGAUCAAAGUUACCCAUCUAUUGUAAAAAUAGAAAAACCAAUUCAGACCAAUUAUUUUUAUAACAAAGGUCUGAUAGUUUUGAUAAAAAAACAGUUUGAUUAUGAUAAUGACUGUCAAUUCAAAGUAGAUUCCCGAUUAAAUGAAUGUAGAAUUUGUCAUAAAUCAUUUGGCCGCAAGUAUCACCUUAAAUCUCACUUAACAGCAGUACAUUAUCUUAGCAAACCCUUUGAAUGUGGAAUUUGUCAUAAAUCAUUUGGAUACAAAAGUCAUCUCAAUACUCACAUAAUGACAGUGCAUGACCGCAGCAAACUCUUCGAAUGUGAUAUUUGUCAGAAAUCAUUUGGACGGAAAAUUAGCCUCGAAUCUCACGUAAAUACGGUACAUGAGCGGAUCAAACCAUUUGAGUGCGAGAUUUGUAACAAAUCUUUUGGUCAAAAAGCUACCCUCAUAAGACAUAUCAAUUUAGUGCAUAAACGUAGCAAACCUUUCGAAUGUGAUAUUUGUCAUAAGUCAUUUGGAGACCAACAUCACUUAAAAACGCAUACUGAUGUAGUUCAUAAACGUAGCAAACCUUUCGAAUGUGAUAUUUGUCAUAAGUCAUUUGGACACAAGCAUGUAUUAAAAAGUCACAUAAACGCAGUACAUAAACGGAGCAUGUGAGAUUUGUCAUAAAUCAUUUGGACUAAAAACAAACCUGGAAAAACACAUAACUGCAGUACACGAUCACAGUAAAUUCUUUGAAUAUGAGAUUUGUCACAAGUCAUAUGGCCGCAAGGAAACACUCAAAUCUCCCAUAAAUGCAAUACACGAGCUGAGACAACUCUAGAAGCGUGAGAUUUUUUAGAAGAUAUUUGGAAGAAAUCAAGACUUGCAAUUAAAGAAACGCAACUUCAGACGAUCUUUUUCAUUGAAAAAUAAAUAUUGUAUCAAAUGAAAUACUUCAAACUGUUAUUGAUUUUGUUGCGAUUUUUGAAA